GCCCGGAAGCCUCGACUGAGGGGGCAGAGGGGCUGAGGGGCGGAGGGGUGGAGGGGCGGAGGAGGGAGCAGGAGUCGGGCGAGAGCCAGAGGAGGAGUCCGCCUGCAGUCGCCUGCGUAAGCGAAGCAGCGACGCCGGGCGGCUACGCCGCGGAAUCGGCGUAGGCGGCUUUGGAGAAUCCGCGGGCUGCGCUGCGCCCGGGCUGGUCGCGGAGGGGGGAGGGGAUGUCGGUCAGUGCGAGAUCCGCUGCUGCUGAGGAGAGGAGCGUCAACAGCAGCACCAUGGGUGAAUCUGGACUGGGAAAGUCAACAUUAAUCAACUCAUUAUUCCUCACAGAUUUGUAUUCUCCAGAGUAUCCAGGUCCUUCCCAUAGAAUAAAAAAGACUGUACAGGUGGAACAAUCCAAAGUUUUAAUCAAAGAAGGUGGUGUUCAGUUGCUGCUCACAAUAGUUGAUACCCCAGGAUUUGGAGAUGCAGUGGAUAAUAGUAAUUGCUGGCAGCCUGUUAUCGACUACAUUGAUAGUAAGUUUGAGGACUACCUAAAUGCAGAAUCUAGGGUGAACAGACGUCAGAUGCCUGAUAACAGAGUGCAGUGUUGUUUAUACUUCAUUGCUCCUUCAGGACAUGGACUUAAACCAUUGGAUAUUGAGUUUAUGAAGCGUUUGCAUGAAAAAGUGAAUAUCAUUCCACUUAUUGCCAAAGCAGACACACUCACACCAGAGGAGUGCCAACAGUUUAAGAAACAGAUAAUGAAAGAAAUCCAAGAACAUAAAAUUAAAAUAUAUGAAUUCCCAGAGACAGAUGAUGAAGAAGAAAAUAAGCUUGUUAAAAAGAUAAAGGACCGUUUACCUCUUGCUGUGGUAGGUAGUAAUACUAUCAUUGAAGUUAAUGGCAAAAGGGUCAGAGGAAGGCAGUAUCCUUGGGGUGUUGCUGAAGUUGAAAAUGGUGAACAUUGUGAUUUUACAAUUCUAAGAAAUAUGUUGAUAAGAACACACAUGCAGGACUUGAAAGAUGUCACUAAUAAUGUACACUAUGAGAACUACCGGAGCAGAAAACUGGCAGCUGUGACUUAUAAUGGAGUUGAUAAUAACAAGAAUAAAGGGCAGCUUACUAAAUAUGACACAGUUGAAGGCAUGAGCCCUCUUGCACAAAUGGAAGAAGAAAGAAGGGAGCAUGUAGCUAAGAUGAAGAAGAUGGAGAUGGAGAUGGAGCAGGUGUUUGAGAUGAAGGUCAAAGAAAAAGUUCAAAAACUGAAGGACUCUGAAGCUGAGCUCCAACGGCGCCAUGAGCAAAUGAAAAAGAAUUUGGAAGCACAGCACAAAGAAUUAGAGGAAAAACGUCGUCAGUUUGAAGAUGAGAAAGCAAAUUGGGAAGCCCAACAACGUAUUUUAGAGCAACAGAACUCUUCAAGGUAUCUAAUAUCAGAUUCCCAAGAAAUAACCUUGGAAAAGAACAAGAAGAAAGGGAAGAUCUUUUAAACCCUCUUUUGACCACCAGUUACAUAUUAGUUGCCAACAUGCCAGCUUGGACAUCAGUGUUUGUUGGAUCCGUUUGACCAAUUUGCACCGGUUUUAUCCUUAAUGAUGGAUUUAACAGCAUGACAAAAAUUGUUAUUAUUUUUUUUUGUUCUUGACGGAGAUUAAGAUGCCUUUAAUUGUCUAGGGUGUUGUGUACUUAGAAACUAACAGCUCUAAGUACCUUUCCUAUGUUUUCUUUUUUUAUUAAACAGAUGUCUUCAAUUUAAUGCAAGAAAACAUUUUACUGUUGUACAAUCAUGUUCUGGUAGUUUGAUUUUUUACAGGAUAUUCCAAAAUAAAAGGACUCUGGAAGGUUUUCAUUGAGGAUAAAUUGCCAUAAUAUGAUGCAAACUAUGCUUCUUUAUGAUAAUUAUAAUACAAAGGUUUCAUUCAGUGCAACAUAUACAGUAAUGUAAUUUAGUCUAACACAGUUGACCCUAUUUUUUGACACUUCCAUUGUUUAAAAAUACACAUGGAAAAAAAAAACCUAUAAGCUUACAACGCACCUAGAGCUUUUUUAUAACAACCUCUUUUUUUGUUUGUUUGUUUUGGAUUCUUUAAAUAUAUAUUAUUCUCAUUUAGUGCCCUCUUUAGCCAGAAUCUCAUUACUGCUUCAUUUUUGUAAUAACAUUUAAUUUAGGUAUUUUCCAUAUAUUGGCCCUGCUAAAAUAGGAUAUAGCAUCUUUCAUAUGGUAGGAACCAACAAGGAAACUUUCCUUUAAUUCCCUUUUUACACUUUAUGGUAAGUAGCAGGGGGAAAAAAUGCAUUUAUAGAUCAUUUCUAGGCAAAAUUGUGAAGCUAACAACCAACCUAUUUCUACCUAUGUGCAGUCUCUUUAUUUUACUAGAAAUGGGAAUCAUGGCCUCUUGAAAAGAAAAAAAAGUCACCAUUCUGCAUUUAGCUGUAUUCAUAUAUUGCAUUCCUGUAUUUUUUUGUUUGUA